AUGGUCAAACCGGAGCCUGUGAUGAUGGCCGAUGAGCAGCGUCUCAAUGAGCUCGGACUCAAGCAAGAUCUCGACCGCUCCUGGGGCCUGUUGCAAAACUUCGGCGCGUCUUUCUCUAUCAUCUCAGUCAUUACGGGUCUCACCACACUUUUCGAAUAUGGACUCUUGACCGGUGGACCUGUCGAUGGCUCAUCAGCAGCUUCUUCAUCAUGCUGGUCGGCUGUGCCAUGGCAGAGAUCGUCUCUGCGGUACCCUCAUCCGGCGGGUGAGCUCAUGCACUGGGACAAGCAUCCCCGCAGUAUUGACGCAAGCCAUCUUCCCUUCGUCAACAGUCCAUAUGCUUUCGCGGCUUACCUCAGUGCGCCUCGGUACGCUCCAGUCGCGGCUUACACUACCGGCUGGUUCAAUUUCCUCGGCCAAGUCGCGGUUACUACGGGAAUCGACUUUGGACUGGCAGGCCUCAUCUCUACGACUGCAUCUGUCAAGGGCUACGAACCUACUGCAGCAAAGACGAUCGCCAUAUUGGCAGGCGUCUUGAUUUUGCAAGGCAUAAUCAAUACUUUGGGCGUUCGCUCACUGAAAUAUUGGAACAACGCAUCGAUCAUUCUUCAUUCCGCCGGCGUUUUCUCGCUCUGCAUCGCUGUCUUGGUCAAGGCGCCGAAGCUGCAGCCAGCAAAGUUUCUUACAUAUUUCUAUGAUGGCACCGGCGCGGAAGGCUACGAAGGCUGGAGCCAAAGAGGUUCCGUCGCUUACAUUGGCGUCAUCGGUCUCUUACAAGCAACCUACACAUUGACCGGUUACGAUGAGCGUAGCUAUAACAUGCUCCUGCGGCGAUUUUGCUGA